UAACUUGUAGUUCGUUAUGUUGCUGUGUGGCGCCCUCUGGUGGCCGCGCGCUAUAUCAACACCGAGAGAAGGCUCCAACAUGGCUCCCUAGCAACCAGACGCUCCUCCCUGGAUACAGACCGAUGCCAAACACGCAGAAGGAGAGUUUGUGUUAGUGCAGGAAUCCAACGGCAUCUAAUUGUGCUAACUGCUAAUGCUACUGCUUAUUAGCACUCAGAGGAGCAACAUUUCACGUUAUGACCCACAGCGAGAGGCAGAAGCAUCGCGGGGACGAGGAGGUGGUCAAAGAUCUGUGCGCCGCCAACGGCGUGUCCUACGAGAGGGCGGCCCAGGACGGGGCCGGCCUCCGCUCCCUGGAGGCCUUCUUCAGCGGCUUCCCCCGCAUGGUCGGCCUCUCCCUCUUCCCGGCGCUGCAGCAGCUCACGGUCCUGGGCCAGGACGUGGAGCACGUGGAGGGCCUUCAGGACUGCCCUCUGCUGCGGGAGCUCUGGGUCGCCGAGUGUCGUCUGACCGUGAUAUCUGGGCUUCAGAGCUGUCUGCAGCUGCGGAAACUCUACCUUUACGACAAUGACAUCAGUGAAAUAGCGAAUUUAGAAUCGCAGGUCAACCUCGAGGUGCUGUGGCUCAACAAUAACCGCAUCGCUCGUAUUCAGGGUUUGAACACGCUUCAAAGUCUCAAAGAACUAAACCUUGCUGACAACAUUAUUGAAAAGAUUGGGCACAGCCUUGAUCAUAAUGUCAGCCUUGAGAAUCUUAAUCUGUCAGGGAACAAGAUAAGCUCCUUUAAGGAGCUCACCCCUCUGGCCUCCCUGCUCCACCUGAAGGAGCUGGCGCUGAUGGACCCGACGUCCCGCCCGAACCCGGUGUGUCUGCUCUUCAACUACGCCACGCACGUCCUGUUCCACGCGCCGGGCCUGCGGCGCCUCGACACGUACGACGUCUCCGGCAGGCAAAUCAAGGAGGCGGCCGAGUCCACCGUCAUGAAGAAGAUGAUGUACUACAACAUGCGCGUGCGUGGCGCUCAGAGGACGCUGGCGGAAACCAGGCGGAGUCUGACGGAGAGGAAGGGAAUCCUGCUCCAGUUCCCUGAGGAAUCCGUCAGGACGCUCACCUACGUCCUCAAAGACCUCGAGAGGGAACUCGCCUGGUUGACGCCUCAACGCUCAGCGGGGGGUGAACCCGCGUUCGCUAACUCGGUCAACAGUGACCCAGACACCGACGACAGCCUGGGUCCCGUGGAGCCCAAAAUACUUCUCAAGAUGGAGAAACUGAAGGAGAGGCUGAGGUUCUGGACCGGAAGGCUGCAGGAGAUUGAAGCCUGGUUUGAGCAGGAGUUGGCUCAGGCCACGAACACGAUGCGGCGCACGGUUCGGUUCCUGACGAUGGAGCUGGAGAGUGUUGGAAACGUCCGUUUGGAGGAGGGCAGCGCCACAGAUUCCUGGUUCUCGUCCUGUUCCGACCUCCUGCUUUCCCGCUUCUCGCAUCCGGAUUAUAAGAAACACGGCGUCGCCGGCGUGAAGGUCAACCGGGUCGUUCGCAUCCACAACAGCGCCCUGAGGCUCCGCUUUGAGGACAAACUGCACGCUCUACUCGCCACCGAGGACUCUGGUGUCACGUCAAAGAAUUACAGGCGCUGCCUGGACCACUUGUUCUACGCGGCCGACCCUGAACGAAGCAGCGAGGAGGACGAGACGCUGAGCAUCGUGGAGCGUGGCUUUGAACCUGUCGGUCAGAACCAGGAGCUGUUGAGGGAGGCUGUACCUUUAUCCAACAGCCUGAGUGUCUGCGAGCAACCGAGGAUUGAAUACGUGCUGCGUCAUUCAAAGCUCAGAAAGGACACAUUCAGGAACGGACAGAUUAUUGUCUCCAAAGUAUUUGUGGGUCAAAGUAUGCCCAUCAAAGAGGGGGAACCCAUGGACGAGAAGAUCUACCCCAAUGUGCACUCAGUGUACGUCAAUGUGGACCCGAAGCCCAGAGCUGCGCUGAGUGAAGCGCCCGGCGAUCCGAGCUGCAGCCCCAGACGCAGGCGGUGGUUCGUCUUCGACCCCGAGCUCGUCCUGCCCGAGUACAUCCUUUACUUUGAAUACCUGUUUGAGGAUCAAGAGGAAGACGUGGCGUCGGCGCAUCACACGGACCAAACGUCGUCCAACGGCGUCUUCGCGGACAGGGAAGCGGUCGACAUGGAGCCGGUGCUGAAAGCACGACCCAAGUUACUGGUCCUGGACGAUAAGAACCUGCUCAAAGCGGCCAGAGCCUCGGUCCUGAGUCAGAUCACCGUGCUCAACCUUCAUGGUAACAGUCUGAGCAGGUUGAAGGGCAUUUCCCGCCUCACGGCUCUGCGGCACCUCACCAUCAGCUUCAACAAGUUCUCGCGCCUCGAUGACGUUUCUCACAUGCCCGGCCUAGAGUUUUUGGACGCCAGCUUCAACCAGGUGGAGACGCUGCAGGGCCUGAGGGGACUGGGGAAGCUCACACAGCUCCACGUGCGCUGGAACCGGCUGUCGAACGCCCGAGAGGAGGCGGCGGCGCUGAGGAAACACGCGCCGGCUCUGCUCCACCUGGACGCCCGCCACAACUGCUGGAAGAGGCCCGCAGCCGUCAGAACGCUCAUCCUGGGCCGGUUGACCACGCUCACGCACCUGGAUGACGUCAUGGUGACGGAGGAGGAAGCUGCGGAAGCUGCUCGCGUGGCUGCUGGGACCCAGAUCACACAGGCUUCGCUCUUGACGCACUCGCGUGCUGGCGCCGAACGUCCCCGUAGUCUCAGCCUGCUGCCCACAGUCCAGCUCCUGUGCGUCCUCAGUCCCGCCCCCUGGGGCCUGAGCCGAGAGCUGGAGCCGAACUGGACCUCCAAGAUCACUGCCUUGAACCUUGACAGCCAGAGAAUUUCCAAGCUGAUCAAUCUGGAGCGCCUGGAGAAUCUGCGCUGGGCUUCCUUUAACGACAACGACAUCUCGAAGGUGGAGGGCCUUGGUGGCUGCGUCAGACUGGAGGAGCUGUCCCUCAAUGACAACAGCAUCAGCACCCUCACCGGUCUGUCAAAUCUGCAUUGUCUAAUUAAGCUGAGUGUGGAUCGAAACCAGCUGUCGGCUCUGGAGCAGCUGCCCGGUCUGUCCUUUCUGUCUGUGGAGAGCAACUGCAUCAACUCCCUACGCGGCAUCCAGGGCCUCCGCUCGCUCUGUGAGCUCUACGCAGCCAACAACCACAUUUCUACAUCCCGGGAUAUUUACCAUCUGAAGGGACUGACAAACAUCAUCAUCUUGGAUCUUUAUGGGAAUCCUUUAUUAGAGAAACUGGAAAACUAUCGGAUAUAUGUGGUGUUCCACGUGCCGUCUCUGAAAGCAUUGGAUGGAAUUGCAGUGGAGAUGAAUGAGAGCGAAAGUGCAAAAGACAUAUUUGGAGGAAGACUCAACCCAGACAUGGUAGCAGAGCGACUGGGCCACUCCAGCUACACAGACAUUACCUUCCUCUCGCUCCAGUCCUGCUCCAUAAGGGUGGUUGACCUGUCUCCAGCAGAAGCCUUCAGCAACCUUCGUAGCCUCAACUUAGAUCACAACGGCCUCACCUCGUUCUCGGGCCUCGUCUACCUCCCCAGCAUCAAAGCGCUGUCUCUGAACUACAACCACAUUGAGUCCAUCCUGCCCCGGCAGAAAGUCCACCUGACGAACAGACAGCUGCUCUACAGCAAAGUUCACUCCAGUGGUUAUGGUCAACAGAGCUCAUCAAGACCCAGCAGGGAAGCUGGGGCCACCGCCAGCCUGGAGCCAUUGAUGGGAAGCCUGGAGGUGCUGCAUUUGAGUCAUAAUGGCAUCUCCAAUAUGGCCAAUCUGCAGCUCAGCAGGCUCACCAAUCUUAAAGCACUUUUUCUUCAAGGUAAUGAAAUCAGCCAGGUGGAGGGACUGGAGGGGCUCCACCAGCUCAGAGAGCUGGUACUGGACAGGAACCGGAUCAAGGCUCUGGCUGAGACCUCCUUCGCGGGCCAGGGGGCCCUGCUGCAGCUGCACCUGGCCGAGAACCGCGUCCGGGAGCUCAACCACCUCCACCCGCUGACGGAGCUGCGCAAGCUUUUCCUGGGGCUGAACAAGCUGCAGGACAUUACUGAGCUGGACAAACUGGAUGUUCUUCCGUCACUGACUGAACUCUCUGUUAUUGGAAAUCCUGUUGCUCGUAAUUCCCUCCACAGACCAGCGGUAGUGCUCCGUCUGACCCGGUUGCAGGUCCUGGAUGGAAUGGUGGUCACUCUGGAGGAGAGGACAAGAGCUGAACUCCUUCACAUGGAUCCGUCGCCGUGCUCCCAACACUGUGGAGGGUCUCUUCCUACUGCUGAACUCAACCUGCCUGGGCUCCUGCUGCCCCUUGUUCCUCCAAACCCCCUCCUAAGAGGAACGAGCCUAAGUGGAGGGCUGCAACACUUCAUCCGUGAGCACAGUAUUCUCCCGAAUAACAUGGACGAGGCCCCGUCUUACACAUACAAGCAGAAAAAGCACAAGUGCAGUAAUGCUGCUCGAAGCACCCAAACUGAUGUUAGCUUCAGGCGCCCUCGAAGGACGGGGAGCAGCCUGCCAACCCCAGGUCCACUGUCUGAUGGGAACAGAGGCAUCAUCACAUACCCCAGCCAGGAGCAAGACAGCAGGUUCCCAAGUGGCAGUAAACCUCCAACCAUGUAGCUGUCAAAGGAUACGCGCUGACACCGAGGCCGCCUUUGACAAUUAGGCUGUUCGGGGCGUGAAGUGCGUCUCUCUCAAACACAUUUAUGGUUUAUUUUCCAUCCACAAACCACAGUAAUCUGAGGAUGAGUGGUUUUGGUGUAAUUUCCACUGAUAUCCCAUCCUGGGAUCCAAGCAAGUGAAAAAACACCCACAGAUGUAAGGACGCGUGAGGCUGGCAUGCUGCGUCCAUCGGGUCAGAUGCAUCCCCAACAAGUGGAUAAUCCAGCUUUAGCACACCUCUCUGUGGACAAUAAUCUGCAGUCACUCAGAUAAAGAUGUAAUCUUGAAUGAGGUCCAAAUGGAUUUUAGAGAUUGUCAGUUUCAUCAUGUUAGCCUCUUUUCGAAAAGCCCACCACCGCUUCUCCUUAAUAGGCAAAUAUUGUGUGUGGUAACUGGAAUAAACAUUAAUAUUAGUGAGCACGAGGAUGUAGACUUGUAGUUGACAAAACAUCGAGCUGGGAUUUGCAGAGCAGAGCAUGUUAUGCGAUCUAAAAUGUUUCAUUGAGGAAACAAUAAAGUGAUAACUGUGUAGAAUAGAAGCCACAAAUAGGACAAAAAUUCUAUUUAUUCUAUAUUUAUUCAUCAGUCUGGGUAUAAAUGUUAUGACAGAGAGAAGGUUGACUCUUAUACAAUAACAUUUGUUUGUUUGACUUUGUCCUGUGCCUGAAGCCUGAAGGUCUACAGAUAUAAACCAGCUGGGAACCAGAUGGCCUUUGUCUGUGCGUUCAGGAGCAGCUGAAGCAAAACCCUCUGAUGUGAAUUGUGUAUUUGAAGUGAGUGUGACCACUAGGUGUCCUUAGAACUCCAUUACCGCCCCCUUUAUGCCGCUGCUAAUCAGCCCUUAAUGAAUUUACCUCCUGCCGUGUACUGUAGGUAGUAAUUCAGUUAAAGGGAGCACAUGUGCGGAUGCAGUACUUCACAUUUUGUGUUUGCUGCCCGUGUGCUACUCGCUGAACUGAACAUGUGACUCCAGCCAGCUCCAGGCAGCGAAAGUGAAAAGCUCUCCCCAAACAAGCUCCUCUAAUGCAUGUACUUAACUUUACUUAAUUUGUGUUAAUUCCCAGCAUUAAGCGGGGCUAAUGACUGUGCCAAUGAGUGCACUGUCAUUACCUUGCUCCAUCCAACAUCAGAUGGCAUCUGAUGGACUCACACACACACAGAGAAAAUGCUCUAAUGCACAGAUUUGGAGGACUCACAGAGAGUGUUUUAAUGCAUUAGGUAUCGCAAGGGAUAAUUACACAUUUUGUAUUUGUGUACAGUAUGUGCAGUAUGGAUAUGUUAUAAAUAUAACAGUGUGUAAUGUGUUUUAAUGCAGCUUUAUUUCUUGUGGUGUAAGCUUAAAGUGAGUAUACCGCUUCAUACAGUAUGUUUUUCUUUGCAUAUCUGUCAGUAUUUUUAACAUUAAAAUGACAUUAGCAUAACGACUGUGAAUAAUUCAUCAUCUCUGAGUAAACCCACAUGCACUGUUCUCUCUGUCUAUCGCUCCCACUCGCCUCACUCCUCCAUGUGAGUAGACCACAUGGUUCGUAGCUGGUUUAAUGGGAUGGAAUGUGACAGGUUAUGUUUUCAUCUGCCUGAUAUGGAGCCCGGCUCAGGCGGGAGGAAACAAGGGGCUGAAAGAGAGAGGGGAAGUGAGUUGGUCUCUGCAGUUGUAAUCUGGAUUCAUAAUUAGACAUGUCUGCGCUUGUUAUGAAUCAGUCAUAGAUGAUGCUCUUUCUUGCCCAUCUCCACCAACAUACACACAGAAAAACACAUGCUCUGUAUGGGGCCAUUACUGCUGGUCCACUAACUCCCUACAUUUACUGUGUCUGUGCAUUCAGACCACCAUUAGUCCAAGACUCUGUGAAUAAUUGCUGAAUGGACCCUGUUUUCACUUCUAUCUACUCAGGUUCCAGUGUUUGGGGGAAGUGAGAGGGAUGAGGACACUGAUUGAUGUUUGAUGCCAAAGAUAAUGCUGCAUCUGGUGCAGUGCUCAUUGAGGCAUUGUAAACAAUAUGUGCAACAACAUUACACUCCACAAGCAUUGCAUAUUUACCAGCUUGUAUUAACCCUAAGAAGUGCUUUGAUAGCACUUAUGAUUAUCUAAACAUCAUCACUUGAAUUGUGAUUGCUCCAUAUUUGGAGCUGCAGGUUAUCAAACUAUAAAUGAUUUUGAUUUCAAAAGCUCCAUACAAUGCCCAGAGAUUAUUUCAAACCCAAAUAAAUAUAUACACUAUUCCAAAA